GGUGUAAAAGAUCCUUUGUGAAAGCUGGGAGUUAAUCACUUGAGCGGCACACGCCGGUUCUAUGGGAGCACAUGUUAUACACCAGCUCCCCUGGGAGGAGUGGGAGGUCUCUCACACACACACUUUUGGUGCACACAGAUACACAACUGAAUUUCCAUAUCAGUUAUGAAGCAAAACUCGUCACAAGCUGACUAGACAAUCAGGAAGACCCACCCCUUUUAACAGGACGAACUGGAUGGAUCACUCUGCAAGGGCUUGGCAAGAGAUGGUUGCUUAGUUUGGCCUGGCAAUGAGGCCAAUGUCAGAAAUUUCCUGGUGUCAUGAGACGUGUCCUCCAUUCAGUACUUUGUAAGUUUUCCAUCUGGACCUGUCCCUACCUGUGCUUGCAGGAUCAUGGGUAGCAUCAGUAGCCUUGUUGCUGGUAACAGCGUCAACAGCAAGCACUGCAGGGCUUCUGACUAUCCGUCAAAGGAGGGAAUGAGCGCCCACAGGAAGAGUGGAGGGUGCAAUCUUGAUGGCUUACUGAAGUGUGGCUUUGCUCAGAGCUCCUCAUCCACCACUCACCACUCCAGAGGCCUGUCCCACUCAAGGUCAGGAAGAAGUGAAGAUUUCUUUUAUAUCAAGGUGGACCAUAAACCGAGGUCUGCGUACCACAGAGAGAGAUCAAUGGAGGUGGCUGUGAGUAGGGGCAAGGAAUCAGAUGGACGACAAAAACCAAAACUGUUGUUUAUGCCAGGAAAAAGUUUAGAAAGGGUUCCUGUGUUUCCUUUGUGUCCUACUCCUGCUGAGAAAUUGCUGGUCCAUACCAUUGCCUUGAAGUCUGUGAACACAGCAAUGGCUUCAUCCUCAGAGAUUGGUGACAUCCAUUGUCCGAUGAGGAAAGCAAGCACUCCAAAUGUUGGACACAAACAAGAACCCUUAGGAACUCUCUCUGACUCUGGGCGUAACUCUAUGUCUAGCCUCCCUACACACAGCACCAUUGGCAGUCUAAGAGCCUCAACAGGCCUUGUCAGCCAGAAUGAUGGGAGCUCAGCUCUUAACAACCUCUGCAAAGGACAACAACUGAAUUUUCCUCCAUGGGUCAACGGAAAUAACACAAACCUUGACUGCAGCUACAGGCCUUGUUUAAACAGCAGUGUGUUGGCUUCUAAGUCUAAUGAGGAUGCUGGCUCCCCACUGUCUGCAGACAAACCACAAACCUUUUCUGAAACGGCAGGGGGGAUCCGUUCCCCCAUAACGACAGAUCAGUUGCUGAUUGAGCAUCUAGAACAGAGACUGCUGGAGAGGGAAAGUGAACUUCAGGAGCUGCAGGGGAGUUUAGAGCAGAAGGAGGAAGAAACAUGCCAUUUGUUUGAGGAAAGACAAAGGUUCUGUGCUGAGGAGAUGGAUGGACUGAAGCAGCGGUGCACCACGCAGCUACGAGAAGUGACUCAGAUGAAUGCAAAAACCCAUCAGGCUCUUCAGCUGCAAGUUUGCCACCUCCAGAAAGAGAAUGGGAAGCUUCAGGAAGAUCUCUUGAAGCUGACUCGAGAGAAGGACUUUGUUGAACUCAGACUGAGGUCAUAUGAGAAAGAGAGCACACAGCUUGUGCCAACACUCGAGGAAACACAGUGGGAGGUGUGCCAGAAGACAGGAGAAAUCUCUUUACUGAAGCAACAACUGCGGGAUUGCCAAGCAGACGUGAGCCACAAGCUAAAUGAGAUUGUCAGCCUCAGGGCAUCACUAAAGGAAAACACAGCAAGAGUGGAGAGGCUCGAGCAACAGAACAAGGACUAUGAAGACAAACUCCACUCUUGCACCAGAGAGGUUGAGGUGUGCCAAAAUGAACUUCAGCGUAAAAAGACUGAGGCGGAUUUUCUGAGAGACAAUGUGGGCAAACUGGAGCAAGACAUUCAACAAGUCAAACAGGAUCUUGUUACAGCCAGAGAGCAGAAGCUGCAGAAAAGUUUGGAGCUUGAAAGACCAAUCCAGGAGUUAGACUGUCCUGAUCAGGUCCAAGAGUUAGAGAACAAGAAGUACAUUUUCAAUGGAUCGCUCCAAAGAGAAGUGGAGAGACUGAAGCAGGAGCUCAAAGAGGAGAAGAAUGCACAGGAGAGGCUGGUCAGCAACUUUGAACUGGAGAGGCAGACAUGGAACAAGGAGAAAGACAGAGUGAUCAAAUAUCAGAAGCAGCUCCAGAUCAAUUACCUGCAGAUGCAUAAGAAGAACCAAGACCUGGAGAGGAUCCUGAAAGAGCUGACGGCUGAGCUGGAGAGCCGAACAAAGCUGGGCUUUGACCUCAAAUACAGCGCAGGGUUACAAACUUAUGAAGACGUCAUUGCCACAGAGAUUUGAGAGGCGUGGACAACAUUAUCUUUAUAAAAAAAACGAUUUUUCACUUCACUCACUUCAAGCACUAAUUCUUUUUUUUAGACCUUUAUUUAUUAAAAUUAGAUUAUUAUAGAAUAAUCAGUACUACUGAAAAUAAUCAUUGAUGAUGACAUCGUUCUUACUUGUUUUAAAGUAAAUGAUAGAAGUGUUUAUGUGUAAAUAGGCUUAUUUUUCAUCAUUCUGUCUAACAAGAAAAAUUGUUUCAAUUUGACAUGCCAGCUCAGACGAAAGUGAUUAUGUGUUAAUAUUAAUGUCUAAUAGAACCAUGGAGUACUCAUGAUCAUUUUAACAUUUGUCCUUCCAGCUUGACGGUAAGAAAAUGAUACAUCAUCUGUUAUAAAUGGACACUGAUGUAUUUGAUCUGUCUUCAUGUCACUCUGUGCUUCCACAGUGUUUACUCUUAGUGACAUUUCAAUGAACCUUUCAGUCUUUUCAAAGAAACCCAAAAAUCUUAUAUUGCAAUUGUUUUCCUUUGUUUCACUAAUGUGGUGUAAAACAGCAAUUACUUAAAAAUACAUGCUUUAGUGACGUUUAAUAAGUCAUUUGUUUUCAACCUAAAAAUGCAAUAUUGUAUAAGCAGAACACAGCACAGUUUUAGUAUAUCAUUGUCACUCUCUAGAUCUUUUAAAAUGUAACCUUUGUUACGGCAUUUCAGUGUUUAGUAAACUUAUCUUGCCAAUAAAAAAUGUUUAUUUGUGUGAUUGUCUCAUUGGAUAAGUAUAUUUACAACUUGGACUAUUUUCAUACACCGUUUGUAUAGAAGCGUUUUUCCUGACUGUCUGACAUUAAAGCUGCCUAAACGUUU